GUUUUCAAUUUGAAAUUGAGCCAAAAUUAUUUUGAUAAUGCAGUCUUUUCUCGCAGUUUGUUUGUUUUGUGUGUUGCUCGGUGGAGCAGUUAUCGAGGGCAGCCCUGCUGGAUGCUUUGAUGAUUGGAGCAGAUGUUCGCCGAGUACCUCAGCUCUGACUGGAAAACUCUGGCUGCCCUGCAACUCGUACUGCAAGAUUUGCUUCAAAGCUGACAGUGGUAAGUGCGUGAAAUCUCCGAGCAAGAACUGUCCCAACCUGCUGAAGGACAACAUGCAGUGCGUCUGCAAGAACAAAAGAACAGCUAAGAAUAAAUUGAACCCGGCAUGCUGGGCCUAGAGACAAGCCGGAUGUCUUCACGACAGACAAUUCUAUACGAUUCUAUUCGCUAAAUUUGUUUUUACAUUCGAUCUUUCAUAUUUUCAAGAUCAUAAUGUAAUUUUUUUCUUUGAAAA